CGCGAAUGCAUGCAGGGUUGUGGGGGACGUACUGUACAGUACCUGCGCAGCAGCGCGAAAGAGAAUCCCCGUAACGCACUGUAGAGAUUUUCGGAUUAGCAGGGAGAGAAAUGAGUUAAACGAAGGCGGCGCAGAGGUGUCCCGACCGCGCCGGGAGUCGGGUCUCCGGGCGCAGAAGAAUGGACUGGGGGCACGUGCGGUGCUGGAGUGGGCGGAACCCCAGCGCUCAGCGAAAAGCCCGGUGCUGUCGCGCAUCCUCAUGCAUUCACGGCUCUCUGCGCCCGGGGUAGUGCCGGCCAAUCUGCUUCUGGACCUGGCUGGGAUUAAGGCAGGUGAUUGUUUUGUCAAAACUGCUUCUUUUUUUUUUGUUUUUACAACAAACAAACAAACAAAAAAUAGUAUCAAGGAUUUCAGCAAGCGUCCUCCGAGAGCCAGGCGGAUUUGUGCUGUUAAAAUGCGGCGUCUGUUAGUUGCCCAGCUCUGACCGAGCAGUUUGUGACUGUAGUGAUCCAUGGAAACAGCAGUACUUUUGUGACAGUGAUGUGAAAUAUCUUUCACCAGAAUGAAGGUCUUCAGCCAAGGCACUGUAUACUUACGGUGGAGGUUGCUGGCGUUUUUGUGCUUUUGGGCUAGAAUGAUUCCCAGAAGCACAGGCUGCCCCAGGUCCUGUGCUUGUUAUGUUCCCACUGAAGUGCACUGUACCUUCAGGUAUCUCACAGCUAUACCGGGUGAAAUUCAGCCAGCUGUGGAACGCAUUAACUUUGGGUACAACAGUUUAACUGGCUUAAAAGAAAGAGAUUUCUCUGGGCUAGGACGUUUGGAGCUGUUGAUGUUGCACAGCAAUGCGAUCCAGACGAUAGAGGACAAGGCCUUCAGCGAUCUGCUGUCCUUGCAGGUGUUGAAGAUGAGUUACAAUAAAGUCCAAGAAAUCAACAAGGGCACAUUUCACGGCCUGCGGAGCCUCGUAAGGCUACACAUGGAUCACAACAAGAUUGAGUUUAUCCACCCCGAGGCCUUCUACGGACUCAGCUCACUGAAGCUGGUGCACCUUGAGGGCAACUCCCUCCAGCAGCUUCACCCGGACACGUUCGUGACCAUGCGCUUCAGCCAGAUUUUCAGAAUAUCGUCGGUUAAAAACAUCUACCUCUCGGACAACUCUCUGAGGAGCCUGCCACCCGAGAUCUUCUCCUACGCCCCGGAGCUGGAGAGCGUCUUCCUGCAUGGAAACCCGUGGUCCUGUGACUGCAGAACAGCGUGGCUUCCCCAGUGGAUGGAGCAGAACCCAGGGGUGCUGAAAUGCAAACGAGAUCGAAAGUAUGCCAGAGGUCAGCAGUGUCCGACCUGUGAGACUCCUGCUGCGUCCAAAGGAAAAGAUAUUGCGGAGCUCCCCUCUGCAGCCUUAUCCUGCUCCAAACCCUGGAUACAUUCCGAUCUUAAACAAAGGAAUAUCUCGAUCGAUGAGGGAGAUUUCACUCCGGUUUCAUCCAGGGACUUCAUUGCACCUAUCGGGUCAAUGGUGCUGAAUAUGACGGAUCAGUCUCAGAACGAAGCUAGCGUUGUGUGUACAGUUCAAAGACCAGCCUCAAUGAGGGGUGUGUCUGUAGAGGAGAAGGAAGACCUGACAGCGCUAAGUGCAACAUUAGCGACGUUUCUGAUCUGCAACAUCGACUACGACCACAUUCAGCAGCUGUGGAGGAUACUUGCUACCUACAGCGACUCCCCCUUGAAACUGGAGAGAGGUUUGCUUCUGACAAAGACUCCAUCCAUGAUUUACAAAUAUCACCAAAAGACAGCAGACGAGGAGGACGACAUUUCCACCGACAUAGAGGCGGAAAUCAAGGCGGACCCCCCGUGGCUGAUGCAGGGAGAGGUCACCUUGCAGCUGGACAGGGCCACAACCACCUUCACUACACUGCACAUCAAGUACUCAUCGGAGGUUCAGAUGCUCGUCGAGAGCAAAGCACCGAAGCCGCAUAAAUACAGCUGGGCAAUGAUCAGGAGGGACAACGCCACGAAAACAGAGCACACGGUUCUCACAGGAGGGACGGCGGAACUGGACUGUAAGACCCUCGGGGAGCCAAAGCCGUCAAUCGAGUGGAUUUUGCCGGAUGGCAGCAAAGUGCGCGCGCCAUACAACAGCGAAGACGGGAGGAUUCGGAUUUCGGAAUCGGGGAAGUUGACUCUAGGGGCGGCGGACAGCUCUGACGCUGGCUUGUACCGCUGCAUAGCCACAAAUUACCUGGACGCAGAUGUGCUUGCCUUCAGGAUUACUGUUUUGACUGCAGAUGUGGAAGAAACCGAUGUAAAUGGUGCUCAGAUUACCCGGUCCCUGGGUGAAAGUCUGUUUCUUCACUGUGGCUCCGAGGGCAAUCCUGAAGCAUCCAUUAACUGGAUUUUACCGGAUCACACAGUGUUAGACAAGUCAUUUGGGAAUAAAGAAGUGUAUCCAAAUGGGACCUUGGGAAUUCAAGGUCUUACGGAGAGGGACCGAGGCUUCUAUCGAUGCCUUGCAGCAAAUUUUUGGGGAGCAGACAUUUUGUCUUCCAGCAUACUGUUUUCAGAUGUUAAAAGGAAUGAAGUACCAUCAAAGGUGGUUAAGAAGGUGCUGUCAGAUGGCGAAGGCUCAGGAAAUGAGCUCGACUCCCACUUGGAGGAAACAGACUAUGAGGAACUCUCUGCCAGGGCUUCCCACAGGACCAGGCAAGAGUCUAGGACUCUCACUUCAAGCAGAAUGUACCCUAAAAGGAAAACAACGCAAGGCAGAAACAAGAGCGAUCUAACCCAGAGAAGAAAUGGAGUUUCAAGUACCAGACGUGUCUGGGGAAAUAGAAGGACCUUCAACACAACCUCAAGGAAAGCUGACCCCCAACGCUGGGUGGAAAUCAUGCAAAAAGCACAAAAAAAUAAAACAAAUGAGAAUCAGAAAACAACGGAAAGGAUACCAUCACAACACAUUGCAGGGCUCUCAGGGGAUGGAGAAGAAGCCUCAGGAGAAACUUUAACAGAGGACGAGCUUUUAGCAAUAGUGACAGAUACACCAAACCCUGGUUUAACAACACACAAAGUGACCACAAGUGUCCACCUCGAAACAGGUGUGUUCCCAAUAGUAACACCAGCAGCCCCUGUUACAACAAUGAGUCACAGUGAUGAAGAUACAGCUUUGAUAUCCACCAGACCAACACCUUUCCAAACUACACUUCACCAUACUGUAAGUCCAAAGGGUAUUCACACAACCACACCUCACCAAAACUCUGAACAAACCUUUACCAAGCCCAUCACAUCGAAACAGAAGGUAACAGAACCCAGCAAAAACGACAUGCAGUUGAUGUAUUCUGGGGAGCCUACAGAGGUGGUAGGCAGUGCCGUGCCAUUAUUGAUGACCGGGUUUCCCAACACAACCUCCUUGAUAGAGAAACCCGGCCCUCUGCUGGAGCCUGUAGUUCACAGUUCCACUGAUCCCGAUCGACAAAGCCCAUUCACAGCUGUCACAGCCACAGAAGGGCAGAGAGAUGAGAUAACGUUUCACACCACACAGAAAAUCAGCUCCCCAAGACUGCCUUCAGGGUCUACCAUCAUAUCACACAAUCGGAUCCAAAUUAUUACGGGGGGCACGUCUAGCCUGGAGGGAAAUAAGCCACGUACUAGCAAGAGAAGAAAGUUACCAGGCAGGAGGAGAAUUAUCAGGCCAAACAGAAUUACUGAUAUCCAUGCAUACUUGAAUAGAUUAUCUAAGUCUAGCAAAAAGACAUCCACAGAUGAUGAAGAUGAAAGCACUGACCCAAUUUCUAUAGAGCAGACUACAAAGUGUGAGUGCCAAAUAACCGACACUCCCUCAGACACUCGUACGGUGAAGCCUGUAGCCACUGAAGACACUGCCACUGAUGCCAACAGAGCGACUAAAGAUAGAAUUGACAAACUACCUACGAAGCCCCACAUGGGAAGCACUCCUCAGAUGAAAACAUCACAGUCUGUAACAACAACUCUGGAUACACUGUUAGCCACAACUGCAUCAUCCAUGUUCACAAAAACCAUCACACUGCAGACAAAAGUUUCUAGAGGGAUCAUAACGACACCCGUGACACAACCCUUGGCUACUUCCAGGCCAACAACAGAGGCCCCAAAAUCAGUCCUAACUUCUGCCUAUACCCUUCCUGAGCGCACACAUGCUCCCACGACAUUGGUCAAGAGUACAGGCAAAGCUGAGAGCUAUUAUACAACAACCACUAAAGCUACAACGACUUCCUCCAAAGUCAUUUAUGGUAAAGUGCCAUGGCAUAAAUUUUUUGGGAACCGGUACAGUCAGAAAGAGUUACUGAACAGGUUACGUAGACCAAAAAAGCCGGUGCUCGCCACAAAGAGUGCCCCUGUCAAGACAACCACUACCACUGCUCCGGCAGAGGUUACAACAGCUCUCCUGCCAACACUGGAGUCACUGGUUACACCCAUGACAACUAUGACAACAUUAAUCAACAAGGACACAGUUAUUCAGUCCUCUGGACCUUUGUCUGGCUACUCUUCUGGGUCUUCUUCCACUUCCUCUGAAGCUGCAAAAGUCACAAUUUCUCCCAUAACAGCAUCAUCACAAAUUGAAGACAUUAAGUCUUUAUCGUCGUCAGCUAGCUUUGAUAUGAUGUUCUCUACUACCACCAUAGCAUUACCAUUAACAACCACGAAAGAUAUUUCUGAUCCGUCCACAGUAGUUGAGCAGUCAGCCUCCUCAGGCUUUGCUUCUGGAUCACCUUCUGCCGAAGAUCCCACAACUGUGAAGAUAGUCCCUGCCCUCACCCCUGCAAGGACUACAUCCAGAACCAGCACCGCCGCGGGGACAGGCCCACCUGCAUCUCGCAGCAAUACAAAAUCCAGGACAAGAGGCUCCAGAAAGCACAUGGGAACACCCAGGAGAAAGGGCAUUCGAAGACGGAGGCCAGGGAAAAAGCUCUCACCAACCUCACGUACCACGACUACUCAGCUGAAGAAAGCUGACACUCCUGUAACUUCAAAAACAACCACAGCAGCAGCCAAAGGCGGUUUGUCUGUCUCUACACAUACAUUCUCAAAAGCACAGCGCCCUUUUUCUUUCACGGAUGCAGAUUCCAAAGAGACAGAAAGUACACCGCAAGCUGACAGCGUUUCAACAACUAAACCCACCACAGCCACAGUAAGAACAGUUUCCAAAAUUGAAACAAGCAUUACAUCUGCAAGAAAAAUCACUGCUACUCCAUUGCCUCCUAGCGCAGGAUUCACGAGAACUGCCAAACCCAAGACAACAACAGAAACAGCAGCGACAACCUCUAAACCUGCACCUACAGUCAAGCCCACAACCACAACAGGAGCUAAAUGUACAGCUAAGAGCACCACUGCAGCUGCUGCAAGCACUGCAAAACCUCGUCCGAGGGCUCCCUCAGUUAAAUCUAGCAGAUUCACAACACAAAGCCCGCUGUUUAAAAAAGUCAGGCCCACUACAUUUUCAACUACCAGAAAACACAGUAAACCCGGCUCGGGAGGUGGAAGUUACUUUGUCAAGCCCGAAGCACAAAUACCCACUAUUUCAACAUCUGGGACACGAUCUAAAUCAACAGAGUCCCCUGGGAGGGGCAGCAGGAUGCGGGAGAAACCCAAUUCAGAGUCCAGGGAGAAAGGGAAGGCUGUGAUCUUCGACACCCUGGCCAUCCUGAGGGCCGAGCAGGGCUACACUGACAGUCCGCAGGCUUUCGGCAGGGAGGAGGACAAUACCAUAGCUGCCAGGUUGGACCGGGGCGCUGGAUUUGACACAUCGACAGCGAAUGCGAUAGCCAUGGAGCCUUUGCCCAAAGACCAGCCGUCGAAGCCUAAAAUCGUGGGUGGAAAUGCAGCAAGCUUCACAGUCCUUUCCAAUUUGGAUGCUUUUCUGCCAUGUGAAGCUGUUGGAUAUCCUGCUCCCUCUAUAAGAUGGACCAAACUUUCCUCAGGGGCUACCUUAACCAUGAAGACCAAGCGUGGCAACAAGUUCGAAGUGUUCGAGAACGGGACCCUGUCCAUCCAGAACGCCAGCAUUCAGGACCGCGGACAGUACCUCUGUCUUGCUGAGAACCAGCACGGCUCUGACAAGCUCUUGGUCACCCUCUCCAUUGUGACGUACCCCUCCCGGAUCUUGGAGCCCAAAGUGAGGGAGAUGCAGUCCCUCUCUGGAAACACAGUGGAAAUUCAGUGCAAAGCCGAAGGCCGACCUCCACCUUUCAUAUCCUGGAUUCUUGCAAACAAAACCUUGGUUAGGGGGUACGGUGCGGAAAACGGCAGGGUGUCCGUCUCUUCGGGUGGGACCUUGAUCAUUAAGGAGGUGUCUGUGUAUGACCGGGGCCAUUACAAAUGUGUGGCCAGUAAUCCUGCUGGGGCGGACACAGCGACUGUCAAGUUACAAGUGGUGGCUGCGCCGCCCAGCAUUGUGGAAGAAAAGAGGCUGCACAUGAAGGAGGAAAUAGGGCGGCACUUGAAACUGCCAUGCACGGCCCAGGGCACGCCUCAACCCACAGUGCACUGGGUCUUGCUUGACGGAACGGUGGCGAAACCUUUGCACUACGUCAACCCCAGAGUGUUUGUGUUCUCCAACGGGACGCUGUACAUCAAGAGCCUCGCCGCGGCCGACAGCGGGAAGUACGAGUGCAUCGCCACCAGCUCCACGGGCUCCGAAAGGAGGGUGGUGACCCUGACCGUGGAGCAGGCGGAGACGGCGCCCAGGAUCGUCACUGCGUCGGGCCGCAAAACUGACCUGAGCUAUGGAGACAGGUUACUGCUUAACUGCUCGGCUGUGGCGGAGCCCAAGCCCCGGGUUCUCUGGAGGCUGCCUUCCAAAGCAAUUGUGGAUCAGUGGCACAGGAUGGGCAACCGGAUCCACGUGCUUCUCAACGGCAGCCUGAUUAUCGACUCUGUGAGCGAGAAGGACGCCGGCGACUAUCUCUGCAUUGCCAGGAACAGGAUCGGAGACGACCUGCUGCUGAUGAAGGUCGGCGUGUCCAUGAAGCCAGCCAAGAUAGAGUACAAGCCGUUCAUCAAAAAGCACGUGCCUUACGGGAAUGACCUCAGAGUUGACUGCAAAGCGUCGGGGGCCCCCGAGCCGGAGAUCUCCUGGGGCCUGCCGGACGGGACACUGGUCAACAGCGCCCUGCAGGCGGACGACAACGGUGGCAGGAGGCGGCGCUACGUCCUUUUUGAAAACGGGACCCUGUACUUCAACAGGGUCAGCCUGUCCGAGGAAGGGGACUACACCUGCUACGCCGAAAACACGGUGGGGAAGGACGAGAUGAAGGUGCACGUCACAGUCGUGACGGCGGCGCCCCGCGUCAAGUCCCCGGCCGCCAUAUACGCCAGGGCCAGGUCCGGAGACAUGGUGAGGUUCGACUGCGAAGCUACGGGGGAGCCCAAGCCGAAGAUUAUGUGGCUCCUCCCGUCACAUGACAUGAUCACAGCCUCCAGCGACCGGCAUCUGGUGCACGUAAACGGGUCGCUGGCCGUGAGAGAUCUCACGUUAACGGAUUCGGGGGAGUACGUGUGCGUGGCUCGGAACGCUGCCGGAGAUGACUCGAAAGUCUUCAAGCUAGAAGUGGAUGCUAAUCCUCCCACUAUAAACGGCCUGUACAGAAACAAAACCGUAGUGAAGGAAACCGCUGUCAAAUACACCCGGAAGCUCAUCGACUGCAAGGCAGAGGGGUCGCCCACGCCUCAGGUCAUGUGGAUCAUGCCCGACAACAUUUUCAUCACCGCUCCGUACUACGGGAGCCGCAUCGUGGUUCACAAGAACGGCACGCUGGAAAUCCGCAACGUCAGGCCGACCGACACCGCCGAGUUUGUGUGCGUGGCACGCAGCGGUGGGGGUGAAACCGUCAUGGUAGUGCAGCUGGAGGUCACCAGCAUGCUGCGGAGGCCCAUGUUUAAGAAUCCCUUCAAUGAAAAAGUCGUGGCCAGCACGGGCAAGACCACCAUUCUGAACUGCUCUGCCGACGGCCACCCUCCUCCCGAGAUAAUCUGGCUUUUGCCCAACGGGACAAGAUUUACCAACAGCCACAGGGUCUCGAGGUAUCAGCUAGGAAGCGAUGGCAACUUAAUCAUUUAUAACCCCAGUAAAGAUGACGCGGGCAAGUACAGAUGUGCUGCCAGGAACAAAGUCGGCUACAUCGAAAAGCUGAUUGUUCUGGAGGUGGGCCAGAAGCCUUACAUACUUACCCGACCUAGGGGGAUAAUCCAGAGUGUCAGCGGAGAACCACUCUUCUUGCACUGCCUGUCUGACGGCAGCCCCAGGCCCAAAAUCCUUUGGUCGAUUCCUGGUGGGCACGUUCUUUCGAGGCCGCAGAUAAACGGGAGGUACGUCCUCCUCGAAAACGGGACCCUGGUGAUCCGGGAGACCGCGCUUCACGACCGCGGAAAUUACGUCUGCACCGCCAGGAACGACGCCGGGGAGGCCUCCGUUACCGUCCCCGUGAUCGUCGUGGGGUACGCGCCCCGAAUCACCAACGGCCCCCCCCAGAGCGCCCGGACACAGGCGGGGGCGGCUGUGCAACUUCACUGUGCGGCCAUCGGGAUCCCCAAGCCCGAAAUUACGUGGGAGCUGCCAGACCGCUCCAUAAUUUCCACAGCAGGAAAAGGCCGCCCCAUGGGCAGCGAGCUGCUUCACCCUCAGGGGACGCUGGUCAUUCAGAAACCCACUCGUUCUGAUUCUGGGACCUACAAGUGCCUUGCCAGGAAUCACCUUGGCACUGAUUCCAGAAUAACGUAUGUUCAAGUCAUUUAAUGAGGGCAGCAGCAGUGCAGCAGCUCCAGACACAUGAAUGUUGCCUAAAUAAUUGCCUUUUUCCUUCAAUUAACCAUUAGCAGCUCUUGCUUGGGGAGAUUCUAAACUGGCUUUUUUCUAAGCAGAAGCAGACAAGCAGGAGGGAGGCAGACUGAGCCUUACAUAGUGCUUUGGCAGACACAGGGAAUGGUAAAAAAAGUGUUAUUUUUAUUGUAACUCAAACGGGUCAGGGAACUCGCAACUGUUUUUGAUUUCAUGUUUUAAAGGCAAAUGAACUUGGUCUGAAAGUGGGACUGCUAUAUGUGGAAAGAGAGUAAGUUUCUAACAUGUUGGGGGAUAUCGUUACAGUUCUGGAACGAUUCUCUGGAAAUUCUGAUGGUCUGCUUACAUCCCCCAAAAAAGUCUCCCAAAGUGCAUGUUUGAGAUAACUGAUCCUGAAGGCUGACUGGUGAACAAUUUUAGAAAGACACUGUGGAUGUGUUACUGUUUUCAACAGCAUUUUACAGUAUUAUUUUUUCUAGGGAAGCCAAACUCAUCAUGCAGUGUACAGAAGUAUGAUGAAUAUAUUUUUCUUACAAAGUUUACACUGGAUUGACUCUUUUUUUGUUUAUAACAAAAUGGAAAUUUAUAUUGC